CCUCUCCUUGUUCUUUUAUCGACAAAUUUGGCAACUGCGCACGUCGAAGUUUUCUUUUAAUUCAAUCCGCGCGGGCCGAUGGCAGUUAUCGCCGAAACCGCGGCGGUUAUGCGUCGUCGCGAAAAUGCGCCCAGCGCUUAAAAUUUCAGCCUGAAAUUCGUGAUCGCGAUGUGGUGUUGUGCGCGGGGACGAGUGUGGGCCUUGCUCAUGGCAGGGAUCUUCUGUUCGUAUUUUGGACAGGGCCUCAGUGCUUCCACCAAUACCGUUUUCUUCUCUCUGAAUCCCUUUUUAGAACUCUACGCCCCGCUGAAGACGAGAAACGCCCAGUGCUACGUUGAAGCGCGUUCCUUUAUAGAUGCCACCAAGAAACUCACACCGUGGGCUUUGCAAAUGUUGGACGCGUCAUCAAAAAUCCCGACGAGUGUUCUUGAUGGUAAUGUAGUCGACCUCGGGAAUUUCGACCAAUGUCUAGCUGUUCGAAGUGACACAACAAUUGACUACAAAAACACCAUUGGAAAGUACUGUCUAGUCAAAGCCACAUUCAAUCAAACUCGUAAUGAUGGCCAAGAGGUAAUGCUAAGAGAUCUGAGCCGAGAAUGGACAUGGUCGGUCUGUAUGCCAGCUUCAUGCACACCAACAGAUUUGACCCAACAGCUUGAAUUUUCGCUCGGGGGCGUUGCCGAACACAUCAAGGAAGUUUACUGCCAAAGUUCGCUUGAAGACACCGGCCUGUCUGUCUCGUCUUGGCUCAUGAUAGUUUUUACAUUUGCAUUCAUUGUGUUUGUUUUUGCUGCUACUUGGAUAGAGUACAGAUCAAUCAGGAUACCUCAUCAGCUUACAAAAUCAGUGGUAAUUUCGUUUUCUUUGAUCACAAAUGGGAAGAUGUUACUAAGCACUAUACCACCCGGUCUAAUGAUCGACAACAUUCAUGGCAUCAGAGUAAUUUCAAUGUUGGCAGUCAUCGCAUUUCAUCGAGCAAUUCGCGCAGUCGAUGAGCCGAAUGUCAAUCACGGGGAAGUUCCUGACAAGUUGACCCACAGCAUGUUUGGAAUGCUUUUGCUGAAUGGGCUUUUGGCCGUUGACGUUUUCUUCCUUUUGGGGGGCAUGGUUUUAGCCUUUGGUUUCAUGAGAGAGCGGAAGGCACAGUAUAAGUUCUCCUUCGCAAAACAUGUCUUGUAUCGCUACUUAAGAAUAACACCGGCAUAUUUCUUUGUGAUUCUGAUCUACAUGACGGUCCUCUAUGAUCUCGGAUCUGGCCCGAUCUGGGAAGAACUUGUCGGCGGUGAGAAGCAAGAUUGCCGUAACAACUGGUGGACGAACAUUUUAUACAUCAACAAUUACUGGAAUGCAAGUCCGCAAGACUCAUGCUACUCGGCCGCUUGGUAUUUAGGCACGGAUAUGCAAUUUUACGUACUAGCUCCGUUGUUUUUGUUCGCCCUGAACAAGAAUCGUAAACACGGAAUCAUUCUCAUCGUUGUCACCUGUCUAGCUUCAUGCAUUUACACAUUCUGGAUUACAUACGUUAAAGACUAUCCCUGGACUUACACCAUCGGUUACAAUAUCCCGAAACGUAGACGAUUUUUCGUCGAAGUGUACCUACCGGUUCAGACUAGAAUACCAUCUUACUUGAUCGGCAUACUAUUGGGAUACUUUUUGGAUCACUAUAAGAAGGAAAAAAUUGGACUUUGCUUGUUGGCGAGAGUCAUUGGCUGGACCCUCUGUACAUGCAUUCUGAUUAUUGUGUUCUACGGCUUAACCUAUUUUUACUGGUUUGGAUCGGGACCAUUCCUUUCGGCUUUAUAUGCAUCUUUGCAUAGACCUCUCUUCGCCAUUGCUAUUGGUUGGAUUAUAUUUGUUUGUGAUCAAGGCUACGGAGGUCCGGUGAACGAAUUCCUCUCGCACCAGUCCUUCCAGAUUCUGAGCAGAUUAUGCUUUUGCUUCUACUUGGUUCACUACAUCUUCAUCUUGUUUGAUCUGGGAAUGCAACGCACCGCCGGAUACUUCUCAUAUUAUCACCUGCUCCAGAAGCUGGCGUUUGAUGUGAUCAUCGUGCUCUUUGCCGCCGCAGCCCUUUCACUCACUCUGGAGCAUCCAUUUAUCCACCUGAACAAACUUAUUUUCAAGAAGAACAAAUGAGUGGGUCAUGGGCCUUUCACGAACCUUACCGGCGAUUUAUUGAUCGAUCUGCCCUUUAAACCUGCGGGAAAGUAUCUAUAAACAGGGUCUUCGUAACAAACGCCUUAAUAAUCGAUUCUUUACCACGGAUUCAAAGAGGAGGUAUCCAUAAUCGAUCAUUCACGCAUACCGAUCCGUUUCAAUGGGAAAAGUCCGAUAGCUAUUUUUCAAUCAACGUUAUGCUGCGAAAACUGCUCAACUCCAAAAUAAUGAGAAUUCUUUUCUAUUGCAGAGUAAUUUUUCUUAGGGUCGUGCACACCUUUUCUUUUUCUUUCGUUUUACAUUGAAAAAAGUAAGUACGAAUGAUCGUUCGUUUCGAAAAGUGCCCAAUUCCAAGGCUUAAAAAUUUACUAUUGCGCUACAAUGGACGAUUUGCUAUCGUGGUCAAUGACAGCCAGUCAAUAACUAGCCUCACUUGAACGAACUUGUAGCAGUCGUGUUUCCCUUAAGUAAACCAUAAAGUUCAUCAAACUUACGUUGAAAACUUUAUCACACGUAUUUUACUAUUGGAGGAACGAAAAAUUGAAUAUUUUUGGCUACGGAGUUUUUUUUUUUGGGGGGGGGGGGGGAUUAAUAACAAUUGUCAAAUACCUACAUAUGCCAUCCACCAAAAAUUUUCGGAUGAUUUUAGUUCUUUCCGAUAUUUAGAUUUUUUUCAGAGUUGGGCACUUUUUGAAACCAGUUAUAUUUAAAUGUGAUUAUCACUUAUCGACUUAGCUACAAUUUGUCAUUGUGUUAACCUCUGGAGGGAUCACAUUCUCCAAUCAUCAAAUCAGAUUUUGCACUUUGGACUUUUAGAAAGAAAAUGUACGAGUAAUUAUAGCUUUUGACGGAUAAGAUGGCAGUUGAUUACCUCUGUCAAGCGCACAGUAGACCUUUGCUUUUACCGAGAUUUGAUGUAGCAGUAUGAUUUCUGAUACUUGUUGAUGUAUCUCCUGUUGAAAAAUGAAUAAAAGGAUAAAGACAUUGAAAAUAGA